AUGUCUAAACAAUCAUGGUGGUGUGAACCUCAGUUUUCUGGAUUUUGGAAUCGUUAUCAAGCAGCAUCUGAAUGGGUCAACAUUCAUCGGCAAGCCGUAAACGCAGCCAAAUGUACAGUGUGUUUAGAUAACAGGGAUCAGAACAAAACGGAUGGAGAAGAGACGGUGAGAUGCGGGUUCGAUGAGGUGAUAUAUUGUGCUGGUGAUAUUAAUGAAUCGUCAACUGAAGAUGAGGAUUACGAUCAAGAUGGUCAUCUUCGUGACUGUGGAGAUCAAGGUGAACGAGGAGACAAUUGGCACAGUGAAGUGGAAGAGGAGUGGAUCGUUGAGAAUAAUGACGAUGGAGAAAUGGAUGAAGAUUUAGCUGAAUUCCUGCGACAGAGUGCUGAACACCGGAAAAGAAGUUAG